AUGGCCAAAUUGUUGCUCUCCUCUGGUCAAGUCUCCGUCAUCUUCUCCGCAGCGGUUGUUUUUUUGUUUACUUUCGCCCUCUUCCUAUCUGGAUAUGUUUUACAGCAGCGAUACGUACACUCGCUCCAAGCCGCGAUUAAGCCCCGUCUGCCCAAACCGCUACCCGUAGCAAAACCUAUAGAACCACCCACGCUGGAUGUGAAAUGGGCGAGGCCAUUGGGAGCAAGACCAGAAGUGGAUGGGACAAUCGACCAGAUCAUAGCAGGCGAGACACUGGACUGGAGCCGUCUGGGUUAUGUACAGGUGGCCAAAGAGUUUAUCGAACUGUGCGGUGCCGUCAUGCUGCUCGCAGAUCUUUACGAUAUGAAGAGCCCCGCAAGAAAGAUACUCAUGUUUCCAAAGGCAUGGCUGGCAAACACCGAUGACGAGGAGGAAUACAACCCGCAGAUGAGCACAACGAAGCGUCUUCUCCGGACUGCGGUGAGACGGUACGGAGCGACUUUGGUACCCAUGGAGACGAUCGUAGACGGUGCUGACGGUAGGAUCGACUGCAACACAACCACGCUUAAUUGGUCACUAAUUUUGAUAUAUUAGA